CCGGCCGAUGGCUGCCGUUUGCCCCUCCCCUCCCCGGCCCCUUCCCCUUCCCUUCCCCGGCCGCCGCCGCCGCUCCGCGCCCCCUCGGCGGGCACCGCACGAGAGACAUAUGGCACACAAAGAACAGGUUUAAAUGCUGUUACGGUCGAUGUAUAGCAGCUCAGAAGGAAAGCAGAAGUAGCUCCUGGCAGUUCCCUGUAUUGAGUGCAUCUGCUUAAUUGCUGGAAAUAUUUUGAAGCAUCAACCAUGAGCUUGCUGCUAACCUUGCUCCUGUCUGGAAUAGUCGCCUGUUGUGGUCACCCGGGUGAUUCAGUGCCUAGGUUACUCUUAGUGUCCUUUGAUGGCUUCAGGGCUGAUUACUUGGAAACCUAUCAUCUUCCUCAUCUUCAGGAGUUCAUUGAAGAUGGUGUGCUUGUAAAACAAGUUACAAAUGCUUUUAUCACCAAGACUUUCCCAAACCAUUACAGCAUAGUGACAGGUUUAUAUGAAGAAAGCCACGGCAUCGUGGCUAAUGACAUGUAUGAUGCGGAUACCAAGAAAACGUUCUCGCAGUUCAAUGAUUCAGAUCCCUUCUGGUGGAAUGAGGCGGUUCCAAUUUGGGUAACAAAUCAGCAGCAGGGAAAUGGGACGAGUGCUGCUGCAAUGUGGCCUGGUACUGAUGUAAAAAUUAACAAUGCGACCCCCCACUUCUUUAUGAAGUACAAUUUUUCAGUAAAGUUUCAGGAGAGAGUGGAGAAAAUUGUUACGUGGCUGAACAGCUCUGAUCCAGUAGUCAAUUUUGCUACGUUAUACUGGGAAGAACCAGAUGUGAGCGGGCACAAGUAUGGACCGAACGAUACUGAGAACAUGCGCAAAGUGUUAGAAAAAGUGGAUAAUCAUGUUGGUUACCUUAAGAGUAAGCUGAAGGCCUCAGGUUUAUGGGACUCAAUUAAUGUCAUCAUAACGAGUGAUCAUGGGAUGGCCACAUGUUCUCCAAAGAAGCUGAUUGUCCUGGAUGGCUGUAUUGAUCGCAGUAACUAUGUUCUCAUCGACAAGAGUCCAGUUGCUGCAGUGCUGCCAAAAAAGAAUAAAAAAUACGUAUACAACUUACUGAAAAAAUGCGGCAAUCAUAUGAAAGUAUAUCUCAAGGAGGAGAUUCCAGAACGAUUUCAUUAUCGGCAUAAUAAGAGAAUUCAACCCAUAAUUCUGGUUGCAGAUGAAGGCUGGACAAUUGUGCAAAAUGAGUCUCUGUUAAAAUUAGGUGACCAUGGCUAUGACAACGCUCUCCCAAGCAUGCAUCCAUUCCUGGCUGCUCGAGGGCCUGCUUUUCAUCGGGGCUACAAGCAGAGCACAAUAAACAACGUUGAUAUUUACCCAAUGAUGUGCCACAUCCUCGGACUGACCCCGCAGCCGCACAAUGGCACUUUCAGUAACACCAAGUGCUUGCUCACUGACCAGUGGUGCAUAAAUCUCCCCGAAGCUAUUGGGAUAGUUAUUGGGGUUCUUAUGGUACUGACUACUUUCACCUGCAUUAUAAUAAUCUCAAAGAACAGAGUAGCUCCUCCACGUCCAUUUUCCCGACUUCAGUUACAAUCUGACGAUGAUGAUCCUUUAAUUGGAUAGCAUGCAGAGAGCUGAGCCUAGCUUGCUAAACAGUGGUUUCAGCAGGCAAGUUCAAGAUUGCACUGGACGGCAUUCUUUGAUGCACUUUAAUGGUAUCUGUGUAAAAUACUGUACAGCCAGAACCUGUUAACUUGUUUGUGUGUGUUACUUGACUAGUAAAAAAUAUUUUCAGAAAGAAAUACUGAACAGGGUUGCUUUUUGCUGGAAGAGAUGAUUUAAGAAAAUAAAGAUGUUUAAUUUUUCAUUCAAGACUUUGAAUGCUUCUAAAAUGAAAUUCCAGAAUGAAAUUCCAGACUGUGAACUAGCAAGGAUAGACAAAAUGAAUUUUAACGUUUGUAAGUGAUAAAUAUUUUUGGUAUUAAAUUUAAAUUAAUGUUGA